AUGGCUCAGAGAAAGGAACUCGACCUAACCGGCGUCAAGCAGAACACCCGAAUGUGGCUAGUCAAGGUUCCUAAAUAUCUGUCACAGCAAUGGGCUAAAGCCCCUGGAAGAGGUGAAGUUGGGAAACUGAGGAUUGCCAAGAAUCAAGGAAAGACUGAAGUAUCAUUUACUUUGAAUGAGGAUCUUGCAAAUAUUCAUGAUAUUGGUGGAAAACCAGCCUCAGUCAGUGCUCCUAGAGAACAUCCGUUUGUCUUGCAAAGUGUUGAAGGACAGAUGUUAACAGUAUUUUCUGAGAGCUCAUCAGGUAAACUCUCAUUAGAAGGAAAGGUGGAACAAAGAGUCGAAUGCCGACCUGUUGCCAGUGAAAACUACAUGAGAUUAAAGAGAUUGCAAAUAGAAGAAUCUUCCAAACCUGUAAGGGUAUCACAACAACUGGAGAAAGCUGUAACAACAAAUUACAAGCCUGUUGCUGAUCAUCAAUGUAAUAUUGAAUAUCAAAGGAAAAAGAAAAAUGAUGGAAAGCGAGUUAAGGCUGAUAAACAAUAUGUAUUAGACACGCUGUUUUGUGCCUUUGAGAAACAUCAGUAUUAUAAUCUUAAGGACUUGGUGGACAUCACAAAACAACCCGUGGGAUACCUAAAGGACAUCUUGAAAGAAAUUGGAAUUUACAAUAUGAAAGGGAUUCACAAAAACACAUGGGAGCUGAAGCCAGAAUAUAGGCAUUAUCAAGGAGAAGAAAAGAGCAAUUGA